CUGACAAUGUUUUCAUGACUUUAGCAGUUAAUUGUAUUGGUUAAAAAUAUUUAUAUAUUACCGACAGAAUUCAACGUAUUGAUCUAAAUAUCGUGACUGGGAAAACAACGGAGAGAGACAGUGUUCGUUUUGAAAGCGGAAGGUUGUAGGAGGAGAUUAUGUGAAGCGUGUCGUCAAAUCACGUGUGAUUAUUUUUUUUGGAUACUAUGGUGUAUUAAAUAUGGGUACAGGAGUUUCAAGAGAAGAUGAAGAAAAACAAACAAAUAUCAGGGUCAAAGUUCAAGCAGUGACAGCUUUUGAAUCAGCUGGACGCAAACACAGGGAAAAAAGAAAAUCUCCACUGGAUAAGCGUAAAACAAAGCAGAUUGGAAAGAGUGAAGGAAGUAAACAAUCUGGAUGGGAUCGUGCAAGAGAAAAAAGUUUAUCGAAGUUACACGUAAAGGAUACGUCUUUAAGACUCAGUGAUUUCAAUAAGAUUACACGCAAAACUCAAUUAGAUGAGGAUGAUAUUAAACCAGUUGACAUUCCAUAUAUAACAUCAGAAAAGGUACAGCCAGAGGAACUUUGUCAUGUAUGCAGCGUCUAUACCGGUCGUGAGACGUACCCUUGUCGUAUAUGCUAUAAAGUUUACCACGAAGGCUGUCUAAGGAAACUAGGACAGUGCAAAGAUCCUGCUUCCUCAGCCUUGUUAAAACGAGCCGUGAAACCUGUUGGAUGGAGCUGUCAUAAAUGUGAUAACCUGAGUAAUGUUUUAACAGAAGAAGAAAUGGGUAAUUUAAUGUCAUUGUUUGAACGACACGAAGUCAUGCGAGAUUCCAGUAUAUCAUUAGAAGAUUAUUUAGAUUUUCGAAAAAGAGUGUUUAACGAACUUACUAAUUCUGAAAUGGAACGUGGGCAAAUUCAAGAAGAAACCAGGACAUACCACCGGGUUGAUAAAGAUAACACUGGAUCAAUCACGUGGUGGGAGUUUCUUAAUUUUGAAACAACGCGAAUAUUGCAACAAAGACAUAAAAAUUCAUUGCUACAUUUACUACACAACCGGGAGAUAGAACUAGUCAGACGACUAUUCCAGAUUUAUGACGAGGAACAUGGUGGUGUGAUAUCAGAGCACAACGCACGAAAGGCCAUAGCAACAUGGUAUACAUUGUUUCUUGAACCAGAUGAAGCACUAAAUGGAUAUGCAAUAAUGUCACAAGUGAAAACAGAAGAUAUAGGAAAGGUGAUAACAGAAAAUCUAACGUUUACAAUGGACGAUGAAACGAGCAGCGAAAGGACAAUGUCAUGGAACGAUUACCUAUUGGAGUUAGCAAUAUACAUUAUAGCGGCACGUUCAAAUAUAAGCCCAGUGCCGGUAGAAGGUUCCGAAUGGACUAAAUCUGUAGUUGUUUCAACAGAAAUGGAUUGUGAUCUUAAACGGACUUCGUUAUGAUUUUCAUUUCUCUUGACAAUAUUGUAACAUUCAAGGUUACACUAAAAAUAUUCCAUGAUGCCAAGACAGUUGCAGUAUUUAAACUUUUAUGCAAUAUUUAACACUAUGAAUGCAUUAAUAUAUGAGAAAGUAAAUGACAGAUUUAGCUUAUAUAUCGUUCAAAUAUCUAAUAUAUUUUCAAUGUUUUUUUUUUGUUGGUAUUUAUUAGGGAUGUCAACGAGUACUCGAAUACUUGAGUAUCGUUCGGUAGAACCGAGUAUAGAAUAUCAAAAUGAUACAGGACUAAUCGGUUUAGGACAGUGUCCCUGUUUUCAUAAAAUUGAGUUUCUAGUGAACGCAAACCAGAUACUAGUAGUCAAGUAGUAAUCACUGAUUAAUCGUAGUUCUAGUAUGUUUCAUGUGUUGUUCUACAUUAUCGUUUAAAAAUGCCUCAGAAAUUUUCUGUUUGGACAUAAUAACGGAGUCACGAGAUGUAUCUUUUAAAGUGGUGGGCUACACACGAGAACAGCUUUUCUGGGCCGAAACUGUCGGCUUAGUGAGCUAUUAGCCAUUCCCGCAAUAUCGGUAACGUUCCUGACACAUUAUUGUACUGUUUGUUUUCCCAUUUUGUAGAUAUAUUACCGAUCAAGUACUCGAGUAUCGCUCUGUAAAACCAACGAGCACUCGAUUAGUAAUUCUUCACCGAGUUGACAUCCCUAGUGUUAAGAAUGAUUACGGAAAUAAUACCCAUUCCACUUACUAUGGUGGCUAUUUUUUUUUAUUCCAAACGUGCAACAUAUUCUUUAAUCUGGUACGAAUAUCAUGUAAAUACAUAAAUACAUGUUAGCAAUGUACAUUUCUUCAUCAUACAAUUCAAGCAGUAAAUUUGAAAAGAAAUAGUUAUGCAGAAUAGCAAAUAAUGGUACAGACUACAGCAUGUAACCGUUUGUCUUUUUGUUAUAAUUUAUUUUACAAACAAUUAAUAAAUAUGCAAGAUAUA